CCACCACCAUUUGCAUAUUUUUGUUCCUCCCUUGUACUUACUUCCCUGCAAAUUAUGAGAUUGAUUGUUUUACUAGCUUUUUUCAGUGAUCUCAUGCUACUUGAUGAAGCAUAUCGUUUUAGGGAUGAAAUCGAUAUGAUGGCGUUGCUGGAGUUCAAGUAUCAUGUUUCCGAAGAAAAAAGAGUUGUUUUGUCCUCUUGGAAUAACUCAAAUUCUCUCUGCAAAUGGAAUGGGGUUACCUGUGGCCGCAAGCACAAGAGAGUAACUGCUUUGGACCUUGGAGGAUUGCAAUUGGGCGGCGUGAUAUCACCAUCUAUUGGUAACCUUUCAUUUCUCAUAUCACUUAAUCUCUCAGAUAACUCUUUCAGUGGUAUCAUCCCUCAAGAAGUUGGAAACUUGUUUAGACUUAAACACUUGGAUAUGAGCUUUAAUUUUUUGGGAGGAGGGAUUCAAGUCAGUCUCUCUAACUGCUCUAGACUGCAAGGGCUUGAUUUAUUUUCAAAUCAUCUUGGAGAAGGUGUUCCUUCAGAACUAGGGUCAUUGACAAAGCUUGUAUUUUUAUAUCUUGGUCGAAACAAGCUGGAAGGGAAGCUCCCUGCAUCUCUUGGAAACUUGACAUCCCUGAGAAGUCUUACGAUUGCACGUAACAACAUGAAAGGAGAAAUUUCAGAAGAUAUAGCUAGAUUGACUCACAUGGUGGAACUUAAUUUAGGAGUGAACAAUUUCGUAGGUGUUUUUCCUCCCGCAAUCUAUAAUUUUUCCUCACUUGAGUAUUUAUAUAUCUCUGGUAACCAUUUCUCGGGUUCCUUGAGGACUGAUUUUGGUAAGCUGCUACCAAACCUACAAGAGUUAAAUAUGGGAGGUAAUAGUCUCACAGGAGUCAUUCCAACAACACUUUCCAAUAUCUCGACCCUUCAAAAGUUGGGAAUCGAUGAUAACAAUCUGAUUGGCAGUAUUCCUCCGAGCUUUGGGAAAUUACGGAAUUUGCAACUGCUAUUAAUUCAAAGUAAUUCGUUAGGAAGUUACUCUGUUGGAGAUCUUGAAUUUAUGGUUGCUCUAACUAACUGCACAAAACUAGAGACCUUAGAGAUUGGUCACAAUAGGCUCGGGGGUGAAUUACCUACCGCCACUGCGAAUCUCUCCACGAACCUCUACCAUCUAGACCUUGGAAAAAAUUUCAUCUAUGGAAGCAUUCCUUAUGACAUUGGGAAUCUCAUAAGUUUACGAAGCCUUGGAUUACAAGAAAAUAUGUUGACAGGUGCAUUUCCAACUUCUCUUAGUAAGCUUUUCAACUUGGAGGGAUUAAAUCUCAUGUCAAAUAAAUUUUCUGGAGAAUUACCAUCUUUCCUAGGCAACCUCACUCGGUUAGACAUUCUAUAUUUGCACAACAAUAAUUUUGAAGGAACUAUUCCUCUGAGUCUCAGUAAUUGUACUUCUCUGCGGGAGUUAUACAUUAAGUCUAAUAAGUUGGUUGGGACUAUACCAUGGGAAAUUAUGCAAAUCCAGUCCCUUGUUAAUCUAGACUUGUCAGGUAAUUUCUUAACCGGCUUUCUACCAAUAGAUGUUGGAAAACUUGAAUAUCUUGUUCAACUAUCAGUUGGACAUAAUAAAUUAUCUGGACAAAUCCCACAUGCCUUGGGAAAUUGUCUCUCGAUGGAAAUACUUUUGAUGCAAGGAAACUAUUUUGAUGGGGCCAUUCCAGAUAUAAGAAGGUUAAAAGCUGUUAACAGAGUUGAUUUCUCGAACAAUAAUCUCUCUGGGAGUAUACCUGCAUAUCUUGCAAAUUUUUCCUCUUUAGAGUAUCUCAACUUAUCGGUUAACAACUUGGAGGGAAGUGUGCCAACAGAAGGGAUAUUUCAGAAUGUUACAACAGUUUCAGUAUUUGUAAACAAAAACCUUUGUGGAGGCAUCAAGGAAUUAAAACUUAAUCCAUGCUUUACGGGAGGUCCACUUAUGGGAUCAAAGCAUUCCUCUCACUUAAAGAAGGUUGCGAUUGAAGUAAGCAUAGGCAUGGGUUUGCUUUUGCUGUUUUUCAUAGCUUUACUUUCUCUACGUUGGUUUAGAAAAACAAAGAAGAACCAGCAGAGUAAUAAUCCAUCUACUUCCACACUGGAUGUCUUUCAUGAGCAUAUAACUUAUGGAGAGAUCCGAAAUGCGACUGAUGGAUUCUCUUCGAGCAAUAUGGUUGGGUCAGGAAGUUUUGGUACUGUAUAUAAAGCCUUGCUCCCUGCAGAGAACAAGAUUGUUGCAGUGAAAGUUCUAAACAUGCAGAGACGUGGAGCAAUGAGAAGCUUUAUGUCAGAAUGUGAAUCCCUCAAGGACAUAAAGCAUCGUAAUCUUGUGAAACUAUUGACGGCUUGUUCAAGUAUUGAUUUCCAAGGAAACGAAUUUAGAGCUCUCAUUUAUGAGUUCAUGCCUAAUGGAAGCUUGGAUAAUUGGCUGCACACAGAAGAAGUCGAAGAGAUUCAUAGGCCUUCAAGAACAUUGACAUUUCUUGAAAGGCUCAACAUUGCCAUAGACGUGGCUUCUGUUUUGGACUAUCUUCAUUUCCAUUGUCAUGAACCUAUAGCUCAUUGCGAUCUUAAGCCAAGCAAUGUCCUUCUAGACGAUGAUCUUACAGCUCAUGUUAGCGACUUUGGUCUAUCCCAGCUUCUCCUAAAAUUCGACCAAGAGUCCUUCCUCAGCCAACUCAGCUCGACCGACGUCAGAGGAACCGUCGGCUAUGUUGCACCGGAGUAUGGAAUGGGAGGACAACCAUCAACACAUGGUGAUGUUUAUAGCUUUGGGGUUCUCCUUUUGGAAAUGUUCACUGGAAAACGACCAACCAGUGAAUUCUUUGAAGGAAACUUUACUCUCUACAGUUAUACCAAGUUGGCGUUGGCGGAAAGAGUACUGGACAUUGCAGACAAAUCAAUUCUUCACAGCGGUCUAAGAGUCGGUUUUCCUAUUGUUGCGUGCUUGACAUUGGUUUUGGAGGUGGGACUAAGGUGCUGUGAAGAAUCUCCAGCGAACCGGUUGGCAACUAAUGAAGCCGCAAAGGAGUUAAUAUCCAUCAGAGAGAGGUUCUUUAAAGCCAGAAGAACAGCUAGACGUUGAACUGUUACUCGUUUUCCUUCACAAACUUUCAAACCUAGCUACCUAAAGGCUUAUUCUGAAGCCUCAAAAAAAAAUAAUCGUUUUCAUAAUGUGUGGUUUUCCUCUUUAUAUAUGUACCAUAGUGCUUGUCUGCUUGCGGAGUGUUUUCAAUGAAAGAUUGUGUUAUUUGCAUACAAAAGAUGAAUGAUAUGUUGUAAGAUAUGUUGUAAGAAUAGUAACUAAUAAAGAGAAGAAGAAGAAGAAAAAUCAAAUUGUCCUUCUA